CCUGCAGUUCGCUAGCUGGCUAACUGUAGUGUUAUGUAACUAGUUAAUAGGGUACAGAGCAUACGGAGGAGCUGUGUGAUGAAGCUGGUCAGGGGAAUGGAUAUUUGUUAUAUUUGAAAGUGUUUAGAGAAUUAAAGACACAUUUGGGACAAAAUGCGGAGGAUAAAUGAAUUUAAAGAGUGUUCAUUUCAUCACCGGUGAGAGAGAGAGAGAGAGAGAGAGAGAGAGAGACAGAGACAGAGACAGAGACAGACAGACAGACAGAGACAGAGACAGACAGACAGACAGACAGCGACAGAGACAGAGACACACAGACAGACAGACAGAGCAGCAAGUUUCAUUAUAAUUCUUCCUCCAGUUCAGCUCAGAGCUCACUGCCCCGUCGUCCAGAGUCAGUGCAGCUGUCAGUGAGCGGGCAAAGCCCCGGACAUUAGAGCUCGGUUUGGGCUGGAGCUCAGGGGAUGUUGUCCGUGCUCUCCUGCGGUAGAUUGCUGGCCCGGGCUGUCAUCAGCGGCCUUUCUCAAACAGACAGCCGCGAUUACAGCCUUAUAACGGCUAGCUUUGGAUAUGGGAAAGAUUUCCGAAAGGGCAUUUUAAAGAAAUGCAUGUGCUACGGUGAUGACGCCUGGUUUAUUGCGCGACACAGAUCUGCUGAUGUUUUAGGUGUAGCUGAUGGAGUGGGUGGCUGGCGGGAUUAUGGAGUAGAUCCCUCUCUGUUCUCUGGAACUCUCAUGAGGACAUGUGAGAAAUUGGUCAAGGAAGGCCACUUUGUGCCUAGCAACCCUGUGGGAAUCCUCACUACCAGUUAUUAUGAGCUCCUUCAGAACAAAGUACCUCUAUUAGGAAGCAGCACAGCCUGUAUAGUGAUGUUGGACAGGCAAAGUCACCGGCUUCACACGGCAAACUUGGGAGAUUCUGGCUUCCUGGUUGUGCGAGGAGGGGAGGUAGUGCACAGGUCUGAUGAACAGCAACACUAUUUCAACACACCCUUCCAGCUUUCAAUCGCUCCCCCAGAGGCAGAGGGCUCUGUUCUUAGUGACAGUCCUGAAGCUGCAGACAGCACAUCAUUCGAUGUCCAGCUAGGAGACAUUAUCCUCACAGCCACAGAUGGGCUCUUUGACAACAUGCCAGACUAUAUGAUCUUACAAGAACUCAAAAAGCUCAAGAAUACCAAUUAUGAGAGCAUCCAGCAGACAGCCAAGAGUAUUGCAGAACAGGCCCAUGUUUUGGCAUAUGACCCCAAUUACAUGUCACCUUUUGCACAGUUUGCUUGUGACAAUGGGCUGAAUGUAAGAGGAGGAAAGCCAGAUGACAUUACUGUCCUACUGUCUAUUGUUGCUGAGUAUACAGACUGAGUGACUGCAGUGUUCCACGUAUUCCCUGGAGUGGCUGUUGCUUCCUGCUGGCAGGAUGGGCAAAAUAAUUUUGUCUUUGCCAAGGACCAAAUCCUGAUCCUCUUCAUUGGAUUUUAUAUUUUGUCACACUCUGGCUUUUGCAGCUUUAUAAGGAAAAUGAUAAGUAUGAAAACAAUUAGAAUUGUAUUAUAAUUGGUGAGACCUUAAAGCAUCUUACAGAUGAACCACAGAGCACGUAGUAUAACAUUUGACAAGACAAGAAAGAGUAGCCAAUGUUUAAACUUGACUGUGACAUUAACCCAUAUGCAGGAAAUGCAUCCUGAUAUCAACCAGUGAAAGAAUGAACAUUGGAGAUGAUAAUGAAAAUUAUCAUUAUGCCAGGACAGGAGUUUCUGACUGCGUGUCUUGAGACAUUAAACUCUUAAUAUGUUGUGAUGUCAAUGACAAACCCAAGUGACCGUGAAUCACAAUGAAAUUUUGACAAUUGUCAGUUUGGCCCUGUAUUAUUAUUAUUUUUAAUAGCUCAUCUAUAGUCUUAGUCAAUCUGGUUGUAAUCUGGCACUGCACUGAUGCAGAACACCACAAUUCAGGAACCCAGGUAAAGUGAAGUUGUACUACCAUGGAUAAGGAAACAGUUCAGUUUUCAGUUCAAUUUUUUUUUUUUUUUUUUUGGAAGUUUUAAUUAAAUAUUAGACUAGAAUUUCUCCAUUCAGUGUGGUUAAUAUGUACUAAGAGUGCAAGAGACUGCAAGGUUUUAUCAUAUGAGGAGAACAUCUUUUCAUGCUCCUUUAACCACUAAAAGUUCACAUGCUUUUGUGUGUGCAUGCAUGUGUACUUGAGUGAUAUACUGUACUUAAAAAGUAAAUACAAACUUGCUGUACAUCUGUGUAUGCAUUAAGAAACAGACCCAUGUAUAUGAAUAUAACUUAUAUUUUAUAAGUGUAAUUUGUGUGUUGAAAUGUUUCUUUCUCGCCUUUUUUGUAAUCAUACUUUUAAAUGUUCUCUGAGGUGUACACUAUUAAUGCACAGGGUAAAUGCUAGCACCUAUGAAUGCUUUAAGAUGUGUGACAUGAUCUAAUAAAGGUU